AUGUCGGGAUCGGGGCUCAAAGGCAGCCUCCCGGACAGCCUGUUCAUGCUGGACAAGCUCACCAUGCUCGACUUCACGUACAAUUUUCUGACGGGCGGGAUCCCCAUCACCGUCGGGAUUGCCAACAAGCUGCAGUGGAUGAGUCUAGCACGCAACAAUUUCAACGGCAUGGUCCCGCUACUCAACACCCUUGCAGCGCUCUCCUACCUGGACCUGAGCACCAACGGGUUCAUCGGGGAGCUCACCAGCCUCCCCACCACGCUCGCCUACGUGAACGUGCAGUACAAUCAGUUCACAGGACCCGUCCCUGCAGGCCUCGCCACACUCACCAAGCUCACCUACCUCAAUAUGAAGUCCAACCAAUUCUCCGGUGCCCUCCCGCCCGCCCUGGGCAAGCUCGCCAGCCUGCAGACCCUCAACAUGGGCACCAACGCGCUCACAGGCGCCCUUCCCAUAAGCGUCUCUGGGCUCGCCAAGCUCUCUACCCUUGACCUGAGCUACAACAAGUUCAGCGGCCCUCUUCCCCCCACUCUUGGCGCCCUGCCUGCUCUUGAGACCCUCACGCUCAACAACAACGGCUUCUCAGGCCCCAUUCCCCCUGCGCUCUUCACCCUCACCAAAGUCACCAACCUGGGCAUUAAGGGCAAUGCGCUCACAGGCACCAUCCCAGCCAGCAUUGGCGCCCUUGCAUCGCUUGUCUACCUCGAUCUGAGUGAGAACUCGCUCACCGGCACGCUGCCAGCGGUCAUGGGCAGGCUAGCCAAGCUCAGCGACUUUAGUGUGAACUCCACGGGGCCGUCCAAGGUGCUGUGUGCGGCAGCGGGGGUGUGUGCAGUCAACCAGGUGGCCACCUCUCUCUUCUGCCAGCGCUGCACCACCUUCUGCCAAGUCUGCACGCCCCCUGGAACGAACACUAAGUCCGCCGCGGCUCCUGCUCCUGCUACUGCACCCCCCCCCGCUAAUGCUCCUGCUCCUGCUACUGCGCCUCCCCCCGCUACUGCGCCUUCCCCUGCCACUGCGCCCCCUCCUGCCACUGCCCCCCCCCCUGCCACGUCGCCUUCCCCUGCCAUGCCCCCUGUCGUAUCCCCUGUCAUGCCCCCUGUCGUAUCCCCUGCCAUGCCCCCUGUGGUAUCUCCUGCCAUGCCCCCUGUCUUAUCUCCUGCACCAUCUCCUGCAGCUCCAGUCAUUCCUCCUGCUGCUUCUCCCGCCCCCGUUUCUGCCGCCCCCACUCCUGCCCCCGGUUCUGCCGCCCCCACUCCUGCACCCGCCUCACCGCCUGUCAUCUCUCCUGUUCCUGCUCCGACCGCCGCUCCCCCAGUCGCCUCCCCCCCCGCGCUUGCUCCUUCCCCCACCACAGCUGCACCACCGCCUGCUCCUGUCACAGCUUCCCCUCCCCCCCUUACUGCUUCCCCCCCUCCUCCCGCUGCACCUGGCGCACCUGCCGCCACGGUACCUUCUCCUCCGCCUCCCAAAGCUGGAGCUACUUAUGGCGUUGGCGUCAGCACGCUGCUGGCCUCCCUGGUGUCGGCGAUGGCUCUGAAUUUGCUGCUGUAG